UCUUGUGUUUUCUUGAGUUGUUUUCUCCAAAACACAACCAACUGCAGAAUCACAAGCUUGAUUACUAAAAGCUUCCCUCUUUCUCUCUCUCUUCUCUGAAAAUUCUCCAGGAAAAACGAGAGACUCGCUGUCCAAGAAAACUCUGCAAAAUCUCAAUUCAACUGAUUGAGCGAGACAAAUCAAUCAAAUCCCCUCGUUUCUCAAAAACCCAUAUUUCCCUUUUUCUUCUCUCACCUUGAUUUAGCCAUAAAGUUGCCACCUUUUCAUCUCUCCCAGAGAAACUCCUUAUAAGCACUCUGUUUCUCAUCUCUCUCUCUAUAGACGAUGAAAGAGUAUUGGACAUCUUUGGCUUCGCUUCUCGGCGUUUUAGCCUUUUGCCAGAGCCUAAUGAAUUCAGUAUUCCCACCGGAGCUCCGUUUCGCCUUCCUGAAACUCUUCAACAGAUUCUUCCAACUCUUCUCCUCCUUCUGUUACUUCGACAUAACGGAGAUUGACGGCGUCAACACCAACGAGCUUUACAAUGCGGUCCAGCUCUACCUCAGCUCCUCCAUCUCCUCCGUCUCCGGAAACCGCCUCAGCCUCACGCGCGCCAUCAACUCCUCCUCAAUCACAUUCGGCCUCUCCAACAACGACUCCAUCGUCGACACCUUCAACUCCGUCACCGUCGUCUGGGAACACAUCGUCACACAGAGACAGACUCAGACCUUCGCUUGGAGACCAAUGCCUGAGGAGAAACGUGGCUUCACUCUCCGGAUCAAGAAGAAAGACAAAAACUUGAUCCUCGAUUCUUACUUGGAUUACAUCAUGGAGAAAGCAAAUGAGAUUCGCCGCAAGAAUCAGGAUCGGCUUCUUUACACUAAUUCGCGAGGUGGGUCUCUCGAUUCGAGAGGUCUUCCUUGGGAAUCUGUUCCCUUUAAGCAUCCGAGCACUUUCGAUACGCUCGCGAUGGAUCCGGUGAAGAAGAAACAGAUCAUGGAGGAUCUCAAAGAUUUUGCAAAGUGCCAAUCUUUUUACCAGAAAACCGGUCGGGCUUGGAAAAGAGGAUACUUGCUUUACGGUCCACCCGGAACCGGGAAAUCGAGCAUGAUCGCCGCCAUGGCUAACUAUCUCGGAUACGACAUCUACGAUCUUGAGCUCACGGAGGUCAAAAGCAAUUCUGAAUUGAGGAAGCUGCUGAUGAAAACGAGCUCGAAGUCGAUAAUUGUGAUCGAGGACAUUGAUUGUUCCAUCAGUUUAACGAAUCGGAGCAAGAAGCAGAGCACGGCGGGGAGCUACUAUGAUCCGGAGAUGACGUUAACCGGGUCCGGUUUAGGAGAUGAUUCGGGCAAUGGCAGCACGAUUACGCUGUCCGGUUUGCUGAAUUUCACUGAUGGGCUUUGGUCUUGUUGUGGCAGCGAGAGGAUCUUUGUGUUCACGACCAAUCACAUUGAGAAACUUGAUCCUGCGCUUCUGAGAAGUGGAAGAAUGGAUAUGCAUAUAUACAUGAGCUACUGUACGUUUCCUUCGCUGAAGAUCUUGCUGAGGAACUACUUGGGAUACGAGGAAAGAGAUCUAAACGACGGCGUUUUCAAGGAGAUGGAAGAAGUGGUGGUUAAGGCGGAGAUUACGCCGGCUGACGUAAGCGAGGCUCUGAUUAAGAAUCGGAGGGAUAGAGAGAAAGCUCUGAGGGAGCUGUUGGAGGAGUUGAGAAGUAGAGCGAAGAGAAAUGAGAAGAAUGCAAAAUUGAGGGGUCGAAAUGGGAGCUUGACGGUGGCUGCUGACGUGGAGGAGCAGGAGAAGAGGGCUUUGGACAGUCCUUAUGCAGAAGAGAACGGAGAAGAUGAGGAGGAAGAAGAGAUAGAUGACAGUAUUUGCAAGAAUAGUGAAGAUUAACAUUCUAUUACACAAUGUGAAAGUUGUGAUCUUUCUUACUUUCUCUUUUUUAGGUAGUCAACUUUUCGAAGUGAGUUAAAAGUUAAAGAAGAAGUGGAAAAAAGAGCUAGCGAGGUAGUUAAAAAGAGCUCCUAGUGGUGCUGAUGAAGCCUUUUUUGUAUGUGGGGAUUAGAAAAUGCAAAGAGAAUCAUUGGGUAACCAUUGGCAUAUGAUAUGGUGUCAUUAAUUAUAGUAUUGAUAGGAACUUAUUAUUGGUGUUUUGUUGAGUGGUAUGUAGUUAUCAUAUACUAUUAGG